AAAUAAAAUAAAAAAUGGCUUGGGUCUCAUUCUUGCCACCAUUUUUACAAGCUUCAACUUACAUUAUUGUUCUGAUUUCUUUAUUUUCCUCUUUUUUUCGAAACCCAGUUCAAUGUCAGUGUAAAAAUCCACCAGUAAUCUUCAACUUUGGUGAUUCUAAUUCGGAUACUGGUGGACUUGUUGCUGGACUCGGGUACCCCAUUAACCUCCCAAAUGGUCGAACUUUCUUUCGCCAAUCAACUGGUCGUCUUUCUGAUGGUCGCCUUAUUCUUGAUUUUCUCUGUCAAAGUGUUAAUUCACGGUUCCUGAGCCCAUACCUAGACUCUGUGGGAUCCUCUUUCUUGAAUGGAGCAAAUUUUGCUAUAGCAGGAUCUUGUUUACUACCUAAGUAUGAACCAUUCGCAUUAAAUAUUCAAGUCAUGCAGUUCCUUCACUUCAAGGGUCGCUCAAUUGAACUUGUUAGUACUGGUUCUGGAAAUUUAGUUGGUGAUGAAGGAUUCCACGAUGCUCUCUUUAUGAUAGAUAUUGGACAAAAUGACCUUGCUGGUUCAUUUGCUAAGAACCUGUCUUACACGGAAGUAGUCAAGUUGAUCCCCUUCUUUGUCACAGAGAUCAGGAAUGCAAUUCAGGUCAUAUAUUCUCAAGGAGGGAGGAAAUUUUGGGUCCACAACACUGGGCCACUAGGAUGCCUGCCUCAAAAACUUACUCUGGUUCAGAAAGUUCCCUCUGAUCUUGAUCCACAUGGCUGUCUUGCAAAUUACAACUCUGCAGCAAAACUGUUUAAUGAAGGGCUGCGACAGUUGUUGCAAGAGUUGAGAUCUGAAAUGAAGGAUGCUACUAUUGUGUAUGUAGACAUAUAUGCUAUCAAAUAUGAUCUUAUAGCCAACUCCAGCAGCUAUGGCUUCUCAAAUCCGUUAAUGGCGUGCUGUGGCUACGGAGGGCCUCCAUACAACUACCAUAAAGGAGUGACAUGUGGCCAGCAUGAUUAUCAGGUUUGCAGUGAAGGGUCUGAAUUCAUAAGUUGGGAUGGAGUUCAUUACACAGAGGCAGCUAACAGAGUUAUAGCCUCUAAGAUAUUGUCGAUGGAGUAUUCCACUCCACGAAUCGGCUUCGAUUUCUUUUGCCAUUGAUGGUCAUUUGCUAGAAUAAAGUUCAAGCAGUUAUCUCAGUUGUUGAAGAGAGAAUGAUAUUCUUCGGGAAAAAUAGAAAAAAAGGAUACCAUGUUGUGUUCAUGUUGCUGGUUCUUAGAAAGAGGCCAAGUUGAACUCUUUGCUCUUAGUUUUGAAGUCAAGAUUCCCUAACACUGUUUGUUUCAGUCCACUUGCCUCUCUGAUUUUAGGCAUGUAGUAAUUUAUUUCGUAGCUGAGUAUUAUGAUAUUGUAGCAUUUUAAGUCUUGUUUUCUUUAGUUCUGUUGCAAGUAAUUCACAUCAUGAUAUGUCAUCCAGUUGACAUAAUCUCAAAUAUAAUAUUUCUUGUGCA